UCCAUGUUUUGAGAAACUAUUUAAAAAAAUAUUUAACGUUAAAAAUAUUAUUACGUAGUAGAUAAUGCAAUAUGUAAUAGUUGAACGUAUAAUAAAAUGCAUAUGUGUGAACUAUGUCGGAAGUCUAUUUUUUAAAAUAUUAAUUUCGCUACACUACAAGAAAUUCUGAAUAAUAACUUACGGUAGUAAAGAUACAUUCGCAUUGCAAUAAAAAACGAAAGUCAUGGAUCGAUACACCUCUCGAGAGUACAUCCGUAUCUCACAAAAGCCUAGACUUGAAUGACACUUGCGAAAAUACAAUAUUACAGAAAACACGAUCUGCGCAUGCGUGAAAUUUGAGAGAGAUAUCAUUUUAUGACUUUUUCUGUGAGAACUAUACAUCAGCUGAAUUACAUCCCACAUUAUAUCGAUCGCAUAAUAGUCGACCUAUACCCCAGCCAAUUGUCACACAAUUAUUUUAAUAGUGCGAUAAUAGCGGGCACUAUUUGUCUUAUACUUAUGCAAAAUUGAGAAAUUUGUAAUACUUCGUUAUAGAAAAAAAAUUUCAAACUAUCUCUAUCUGAAAAAAAUGCAAACCUCUUAUCUGGUAUUCCUCGAUCAAACGUUCCUAGAUAUUCGCAGAAUGACGAUCUCCGUUGUGGAACAGCAUUUUAGUAUCAAUAAAAUACUUCUGCGUGCAGGUGCCAUAUGGCCAUAUCAUCGAACGAAACUUGUUAAAUUUCACCUGAUCUUGGUUUUUAGUAUUUUGAGUAGCUGUGUCCUAUUUCAAUUGACAACAUUUUUAACUACAGAAUGCAAACCUGAAAUGGUAAUUAAAAUUUUAUGCUACACAUCGUAUGCCAGUAUGUAUGUUUUAACAUACAGUUCCUUUUGGCUUAAUGUCGAUACUAUAAGAUGUCUAUUGGAGAAAUUUCAAUAUAUAUGUGAUGAGCUAACAGACGAAGGCGAAAUCGCUAUCAUACAACUAUACGGGAACGGAGUGAAACGUUUUACAAUUAUGGUUUUAUUAUGCACCAUGUCCAACAUAAGUAUUGCGUGUCUUCUACCAUUUUUCCCGCGAAUUCUUCGUACUUUUACGUCCAUAAAUGUGUCUCAAGAACAUUUUACGGUACAUAUUAUGAGAGAAUAUUUUAUCGAUCAAGAAAAAUAUUACUAUUGUAUUUUGCUGCACUUCGACGUAAGCAUCUUUAUAGGAACACUUGUAACAACAGCAACAGGAACAUUGUUGUUUGGGUGCAUCAAAUAUAUUUGUGGAAUUUUUAGAAUCGCCAGUUAUCGUAUUGAUCAAGCAAUGCAGACUGCGACACUACACCAUGCUGUUUUGUCGAACAAUUUUAUACUUUAUAAGAAGAUCGUACGUGCCAUAGACAUUCAUCGCAAAGCAGUAAAAUUAUGUGAUAUAAUGACAUCCAAUUUCGUGGGAACAUUUUUUGUAAUGAUGAUAGUUUGUAUUAUUAGCUUAAGUCUCAAUCUCUAUGGACUUCACCGGGCUAUAAUGCUUAGAAGCGCCACGGAGGAAUAUGUGGCAUAUGUUUCACUUACAGGCGCUCCUUUAGUGUACAUAUUCUUCGCCAAUUAUGCUGGACAGAACAUCGCAGAUCACCAUAAUUAUAUAUUUACCAGUGUAUACAACUGUAAGUGGUACAUAACUCCUUUAUAUAUACAAAGGAUUAUUUUGUUCCUGUUACAAAAAGGCACUAAUACUUAUUAUCUUAUUUUUGGUGGGAUAUUGGUGUUGUGUAUGGAGAAUGCAGCAAUGGUAAAGUUAUGUCAUAUCAUGUCAUGUUUUAAAAUUACAUUACAUGAAACUCCUCAAAACAGCAUGCACUUUGCAGUGUGAUAGAAAAAUGAAAAAUAUGUUUCAGAUGGUAAGCACUUCCAUAUCGUAUUUCACCGUUCUCUAUUCUACACAGCAAAGUUCACGAUAUAAUUAAAUAACCUGAAUUAAUUAAACAAGAGUGGAUUACACAUAUCAGAGUUCGUAGUCAAAUUCUUAUUUUCGCAAACAGAUGAUAUGUAUCGCAAAAAAGAAAUUGCUCAGAGGAACAAAUUAUAAUAUUUUCCUGUGUAUAGAAAACUGUAAUAAUUAUACUCUGUUCACGGAGAAAUUGCCCGGGCUCAGUCAUGCUUUUCGUCCGGUUCGGUCAGAUCUCGCCUAACGCCUAUUUUGCUCUCUCUCCACUCCAUGCCGCGAGAGAAGUAUGCACAAUGAUGCCACAUUCCGUGUAUUUGGUAGCAUGCGGUAGCUUUCUGUCUCACUCUCGCUCGGGCGAGUUGAGUCGCGCAUACGGCACUACGUAGCGCCUUUACUUUCCGCCCAAAGCUUCGCGAAGCCUGGGCAAUCUCUCUGUGAACGGAGUAAAUGAAUUCAACAAUAUUUAAGUACGUAUUUUAGGUUUCAUCCUGUAUUCUAUAUGUUGUCUGUGAUUGAUGUUUCAACAAAGCAUAUUUUACAGUUCCGGCAAAAGUUCGAAAUACAAAACGAACGACGUAGCAAUUUUUAAGACCGUAUUUUAAGGAAAUCUAGUUUGGAAUAAACCAGAGGUUAUCAUGUACUCAAAUAAAUGAUAUACGUUUGCGC